UUUUCACAUCCUAUCCUCUUUGAUGACUGAGGAAAAGCUAUUAUGUGUGGCAAAGACAUAUUCCAUCUAGGUGGGUGAUGAGCAAUGCUAAACUUUGCUUAAUUCCUUUUACCCAUAAUUUUGUUUCUUUACACAACACAGGGUUCUAUAACACUAAAAAUAAAGUCAUAUGAGUAACUGGAAAUAUUCUUUAUUAUGCAGAAGCCAUAUCUAAAUCUUAUCUUAUUGUACAGAAGUGCCAAUCACUUUAUUAUCAGAUAACGUCAUAGUCAAGUCUUAGACCCAUUAAGAGUCCCAAUAUACGGAGUGCGUACACAUUACUGAGCUGUGCUGGAACUAAACACACACAACUUCUACCAGAAACAACACAACUUCAGAGCAUCAAACUUGAAAUCUGACCCCUGACAUGUCUGGAAGUAUGGAGAUCGACACCACUGAAGAAACUUACACAGAUCAAGAAUUUUAUAUGACUUUGAUUAAAAUAAUCAAUGUUUCAUACAUGGUGGGUGUAUCAGGAAUAUGUUUGCUGGGAAUAACUGGGAAUGGUCUGGUCAUCUGGUUUGUUGCCUUCAAAAUGAAAAAGACGGUCAACUCUGUUUGGUUCUUAAGUUUAGCUUUUGCUGAUUUCACCUUCAGCCUUUUCCUACCCUUAACUAUCACUCACAUUGCCCUUGACUAUCACUGGCCAUUUGGAAGCUUCAUGUGCAAGCUUAGCCGUUUUGUAUUAUAUCUCAAUCUGUCUGCCAGUGUCCUACAACUCACCGUCAUCAGCAUUGAUCGCUGCAUCUCCGUAGUCUUCCCUGUCUGGUGUCGGAACCAUCGCACUGUGAGACUGGCUGCGAAAGUUAUUCUUGUACUUUGGAUUGUAUCUCUUCUACUCAAUGUACCUUACUUCAUACAUACACAUACAUAUGCUGCCAAUGAUACCCGUGUGGGUUGUUAUGUAGAUUGGUCAAUGCACAAUACACAAGUUAUAAUAAGAUUUAUCAUUCUGUUUGUCAUACCUUUUACCAUCAUUAUCUUCUGUUACACUCUCAUCUUUUUGCGUAUUCAAAGAAAUCCCAGAAUAACAUCUACCAAACCUUUCAAAGUGAUUGCUGCCGUCAUCAUUUCCUUCUUUAUUUGCUGGUUUCCUUACCAUGUAUUUUCCAUUGUGAAUUUAUACGGAAUGAAUCAUGAUCUCAGUCUUGUGUUUUAUAUAGGCUAUUUAAUAUCAUGCUUAUUGGCAUACUCAAACAGCUGUGUGAAUCCUCUUCUCUAUGUCUUCAUUGGCCAAGACUUCAAACAAAAAUUCUGGCGUGCCAUUAAAUCUGGUUUUGAGAGAGCUUUCACCGAGGAUCCCAACCUGACAGAUCCAAAUAGACUCAGAGAUUUACCUGAUCAUGCCAUAAGCCAAAUGUGAUAGAGUUAUUUCACCACAUAUUAAUGGAUGAUGUGGCAAUGUUUGCAAAUAAAUAUGCUUUAUUCAUAAAAAUAAUUGUGGCUGAAUACUCGAGGAGCCUGACAGACACGUGCAGUUUGUUUAGUUUGGAAUUUGAAUUUCAAUAGUAAACGAAUCCGAUUCGAUUCAAAUAGUUUUCGAAUCAAUUUCAAAUAGU